CGCCUGGUCCUCGUAUCGAUCCAGACAGCCGCGUAUCUAUGCGUCGACCCCCCACCUAGUUCAUGCAGAGUCGACACCUCCUAAGAAGGCUGUAUAGGCGAAGCUCACCGGAGAUCCGUCCUGGAAACCUGUCUCCAUGAAGCGACAGAAUCCUGCACCCGGAGCUUCUGGAAAUCUAGCACCACCCAAGCCCGCCAAGAGAAAGGAUCUUCCGCGGGAAGAUGUGACAUUCGGGAACCCGGGGAGAGGCUCGCGGCCUGGUGGUGCCCGAGAUGCGAAGCGUGCAAAGCUCGUCGACGACCGGAGUAUCGCUGCCCAGCCAUCCCACGCCGCCCUGCAAGAUGGCGAGCUCAACGUCCAGUCGUUCGUCAACUCCCUCUCCUUCGAGAUUAAUGCUAUGGACGAGAGCAUGCGACGGACAAAGACGAACCGGGCUAGUCGGGCUUUCCAACGCGUGCCCUUCAGGAUGAGGCGCAGGGCUGCAGCCCAUAACCAUAAACGGAUCCCGAGGCGUCUCCAGGCGAGGGCCAAGCGAGAGAUGGCCGAGGACAACACCCCCACUGUCAACUCCAAGACGAGGAAGCCGGGGACUACUAGGGCCCGAUUACGAGCUCAGACGGCUCGGAAGUUGGAAAUCCUCGCGAGGCGGAAGAAGCUGCGCAAGUUGAAGAGCUCUGGUGUCGACGAGGAGACCAUCUCCGUGAGGAUGGCUAGGCCAAAGAUACGGCGGAACGCUACGAACCAACCCAUCAUCACGGCCAGAAAAUUCAGAAAGCGCCAGAUUUCAAAGACGUGGCUCCCCACUCACCUGUGGCACGCGAAGAGGGCGAGAAUGACACCUCCUACCCAGCCGCUGUGGAGGUUUGCGAUCCCUCUCACGCCGACGCAGAAGGUGUACCGCCCAACACAUCGUAUCCAAUGGGAGAAGGGCGCUAUGGCUUGGGAUAUGAGCUAUAUGAGCACGAUUGGUUUAUCUGGAGCCCAUAAUAGCGUCCAAAACGUCCUCAAAUCCUUGGGACUGACGCAGGAAGCUCUGUGGAACGACAAGGCCAAGCGCUGGAGGUCAGGAGACAUGCAUUGGACCGGGAUGCUGAGUAGAAGAAGCAAAGGUGUUUCGCAUGUUAUCGGUCCCGGGACUAUCAUAUGGAAUCCGGUGGGAAAGGUGGACGACGUAGAUCAGUCGAAGCGGUUCAGACAGCUCUACGUCCGAGUCCACCCUUCUGCAUUCCUGGAGACCUUCAACGAGCUUCUGCGACUCACAAAAAUGCAGCACCCCCGACCCUUCGUGGAAGACCUGAGAUUCGAAGUAGGGAGCAUCGACGUCACCGGCCCUGACUCGACAGAGGCCCUUCUCGGGGUGCUGAAGCCCUAUCUCAUAAAAUCCGAAUCUCGAGAACCCCAUGCUUCACGAUUUGAAUCGCUGGCCGGUUUGAGGGACCCCGGGGCCUUACCUGCUGGAACUCUUUUAGCAUUCUCGAUAGUCGACCCUCGUCUCUGUUAUCCCCCUCGACAAGUGGCCAUCCCAUCCUUGCCCGGCCAGAAAGCACAGGCGACAGUUCUGGGGACUAUUUCGGCCCUUCGAAAAGAAGAAGCCACCAAGCCUUACCAAUUAUUCGAUAGAGACGUACGAUUCAAGGCGUCUAAACUUCCAUCACAGCGAUCACUUAAUCGUCGUCGUGGAAAAGGUGCCCCGGGAACCGCGCUUAAGCCAACUGCAGCCGACCCUCCCAUCCCCGUAAUUCUGCUGGCUUCUCACCAUUGCACGAGUUCACAAUCGCCUAGUGUAUGGACUGUGAUGUUGCCGUGGAAAUGUGUUCUUCCCGUAUGGCACAGCCUAAUGCAUUAUCCCUUAUCAACUGGCGGCAACCCGUGGUUUGGUGGUCUUGAUGAGAUCCGACAACUCACAUUUGAACGCGGCCUCCCCUGGUUUCCCGGCGACAUGCCCGGCACGGAUGCGGGCAAAACCUGGGAGCUGGACGAACGGUGUGUCAGGUAUAAGGCGUGGGAUCGCAUGCCCAAAGGAAAGAGGGUGAACUGGGAAUCGUUCGAUCUAGGAGCAGGACGCAAAGGCGAGAUUGGAACUGGAUGGAGCUGCGACUACGAGUUACUUUUUGGUCUUGAGACAGCGAAUCCGUCCGAUCAAACGCCAGCGGAUGGGCACACCGAAGAUAGGGGAUCAAAAGCUGCCCCCGAAAACGAAAACCAAGCGCGUGUUCAGCCUCUAGAGAGCGUCACGCAAGUCACCAAACCCAUAUUCACGUCUUGCCAGUCGUCAAAAUCCGAACUCCCUCUAACCUCGCUCAUCACGGUAGAGAUCAAGAUGCUCGCCCGUGGAGUUCCCGCUACCUGUGCUAGAAUAUAUCGACUACCAGAUGCGCCCCUUGCUAUCGCUUCAACGCAGGUAGAAGUACCCGCUACCAUGCCGCCUCUACCCAAAGGUAAGAACGGACUACCUCCCGAUUUAUACAGUCAGUGGGUAGCGAAAAAGCCGGCGAGGGGUAGGGGGGUCAGGAAAUUUGCCGCUGCAAGGCCGAAAAAAUUGGAUCUUGAGGCGCGUAAGCAGUUGCUCGCACAGCAGCUCAUGGGACCGCCGGCGCCAUUCCCACCACCUUCGCCGAACUCGGCGGACAUCAACGGCCACCCGCUGUGCCCCGACGAGGAAGAUUUGAUCGGAUUCGUAACGACAGGAAGCUUCAACCUCCGAGACGGACGUGGCGAGGCCAUAGGUAGCUUGUCGGCCACCAGAGCGCUGGAGGAGUUUAGGCGGUACGAGAAGAAAGACGACCCGGCCCCCGGGCUCUGCAUUGUCAGGAAUGCGGGUCAGAAUAUCGGCUGGCUUGCAAGGUGGAAGUUGAUUUAACCCCAUAGAAGUCUAGGAGAGGCACCAUUUCGUCCCCAACGAUGCUUAUGACUCUAUUGAUGAAGCUCUAGAGGGAAUUGAACCGACAUGCCCUUAUUCCCCCGCGACGUCUUCUCCAUAUUCCUAUGUGGAGUUCGAAGCCUCUUCGAGCCGAAUAUUCCGAUUACGACCUUGAAAAGACACUCGUCUCAGAGCAAGCUCUCGUGAGCUGACAAGGCUCCCGACGAUUCCCUGCGAGGCUGGCAGUAUAACGGUGA